UAAUUUUGCUAAAUUUAGAGCACUAGAGGAGAAUGUCAGAGCACAAUCAGAUAGCCGACUUUUCCUAGAAUCAGUCCGAGCUACUACCGUUGAUGGCAAAAUCUCUAUACCUCUUUUGUUUGCCAGAACACUAGAAAUACAAGCCUCUUUUCUCUCUCAGCUAGUUGAAAAUGGCCGCCAUUGUUGCGCCUUCCAUCUCCAAGUUCUUUCCUCUCUGCCCCUCAAAACGAUUUACCCUCCUACCAUCAAUCUCAUAUGGCUCCCAAAAACACACACCGCGCGGUAAUCUCCGCAUCUCAAAUGUCCACUCCGAAACAUCCAAAUCCCGAUUCGCUGCCAACGAACGCAGAAAGGGAUCCGACGUCCUCAUUGAAGCCCUCGAGCGCAAAGGCGUCACCAGCGUCUUUGCCUACCAAGGCGGCGCGUCAAUGGAGAUCCACCAAGCCCUAACACGGUCAGCCACCAUCCGAAACAUCCUUUUCCAGAACGAACAGCGCGGGGUCUUUGCCGCAGAGGGCUACGCACGCGCCUCCAGCCUCCCGGGCGUCUGCAUCGCUUUGGGCCCCAACGCCACCAAUUUGAUUAGCGAACUGGCCAACGCGAUGCACGAUAGCAUCCCAAUCGUAGCUAUUACCGGACAGGUCCCUAGAGGAAUGAUCGGCACUGACGGAUUUCAAGAAACCCCAAUUGUUGAGGUAACUCGCUCGUUCACUAAGCAUAAAUAUAUUGUUUUAGAUGUAGAAGACAUUCCUAGAAUUGUGGAUGAAGCUUUCUUUCUUGCAUCUUCGGGCCGACCUGGUCCCGUGUUAAUUGAUAUUCCGCAAGAAAUACAGCAACAGUUGGUUGUUCCAAAUUGGGAUCAACCUAUUAAAUUACCAGAUUACAUGUCUAAAUUGCCCGAACCACCAGAUGUGGAGCAAUUGGAACAGAUUGUUAGGUUGAUUUCGGAGUCUGAGAGGCCUGUUUUGUAUGUGGGUGGUGGGUGUUUGAAUUCGAGCGAGGAGUUGAGGCGGUUUGUGGAGCUUACAAAGAUUCCGGUGGCAAGUUCUUUGAUGGGUCUCGGGGUUUAUCCGUGUUCGGAUGAGCUUUCCCUGCAAAUGCUGGGAACCCAUGGUACUGUUUAUGCUAAUUAUGCUGUGGAGAGAAGUGAUUUGUUGCUUGCAUUUGGGGUAAGGUUUGAUGACAGUGUGACCAGAAAGCUUGAAACUUUUGCUAGCCGGGCUAAAAUUGUUCAUAUAGAUAUAGAUAUAGCUGAGAUAGGGAAGAAUAAGCAAGCCAAUGUGCCGGUUUGCGCAGAUUUGAAGUUGGCAUUGGAAGGUCUGAAUAGAAUAUUAGAGAGGAAAGUAGCGGAAGGGGGUAAGUUUUAUUUUUCAGCUUGGAGGCAGGACCUAAAGGUGCAGAAAAUUAAAAACCCAUUGAGUUUUAAGUCUUUUGAAGUAGCUAUACCUCCCCAAUAUGCAAUUCAGGUUGUUGAUGAGUUGACCAGGGGGAAUGCCAUUAUAUGUACUGGUGGUGUUGGCCAGCAUCAAAUGUGGACUGCGCAAUUCUACAAGUACAAUAGGCCUCGGCAGUGUCUGACAUCGGGUGGAUUGGGGGCUCUGAAUUUUGCAUUGCCUGCUGCAAUGGGAGCUGCUGUUGCAAGACCUGAUGCUGCUGUCGUGGUCAUUGAUGAUGAGAGAAGUUUCAUGGCGAAUGUCCAGGAGUUGGCCACAAUCAAGAAGGAGGGUCUUCCGGUAAAAAUGAUGAUGCUGAGUAAUCAACGUUUGGGUAUGGUUCUCCCAUGGGAGGAUCCGGUGUUCUGGGCAGAAUCUUGUGAUAUACCUACUGCCCGGGUGAUGAAGAAGGGAGAUGUUAGGACUGCAAUUCAGAAAAUGUUGGAUACAUCUGGUCCGUACUUCCUUGAUGUUGUUGGACCAUAUGAGUGGCGGGGAACCUUUCAAGAUGUGAUCACCGAAGGUAAUGGAAGAUUGACAUAUUGAUCUUCCGGGUCCUCCGGGAUUAGUCGGGUUGUUGAGGAGCUCUAAGGGUUCGUGCCAUCCCGGACACCUGAGUUAAUCCAAAAAAAAAAAAAUUAAUGAGCUUUGUUGUAUUUUAGGCUACGUAGUUCGUUAUUUCGGGGUAUACCUGUAACCUUCCAAGAUGUGAUCACCAAAGGUAAUGAAAGAUUGACAUAUUGAUCUUCUGGGUCUCUGGAUUAGUCGGGUUGUUGAGGGGCCCUACAGGUUCGUGCCAUCCCGAAUUAAUAAAAAAAAAAAAAAAAAAUUAAUGAGCUUUGUUGUAUUUUAGGUUCCAUAGUUCGUUAUUUGGGGGUAUACUUGUAACUUUUUUAUUUCAUGGACGGGGUUAUACUAUUUUCUCUGUAAUGGAAAAUUUUUGUAUCUCUUUCGUCAUUUUGAGACUUGCCAGUUUUGAAGUUGGAUCUAUUUGUGGUAAUCUUCCUGAGAUAAUUGUUGUGCUUUAAUGAA